GUGCGUCUAGUUCAGAGGAUCGAGAAACGAUCCAAACGCAAUCACUGCCACCUUGAUGCUUCUGUUUCUGAUGUAAUAGUAGUGCAUGGUGAAUUUGGUCGCUUGUCUCUCCCAAGUCAACAACAUCAGGUGCAGCGCAGAAAAAACGAACAGCCAGGUCACGCGUUGUGCUGUUUUAAAAACGGGUGAACUAGAAAUCGGUUCAUCUUAUUGUAAAGAGCUUUAGAGUCGUGGCGAAGAUGAAAGUUGGUUGCGAUAUAAGACGACCAAUGGCGUAUGCGACUGCUAGACGAACAAGCAAACAAGAUCUUAGGUUGGCCAUGAAGGCCUGGUCUACUUUUUAUUUUCAAAAUCACCAGAACGUUAAGCAGAACCGUGAAAGGGCAGGCGAUGCUGUCGAUGAUGAUGUUAAUGAUUUAAAUAACCUUAACUAG